AAUGCACAAACAAUAAAACUUGAAUGUUAUGUCCCUUUCUCUCCUCAGCAGAACAAUAUAAAUGCAAAAAGCAGCUCCUCUGCCCAGCUGGCUACUGAAGAUCGGAGGUCUGGUCCAGAACAUCGAUUGGCCCACCGACCUGCCUCCCUCCCCUGGGCACAAGGCAGCAACGUACACAGGGACGGUCCUGGAGCUUUCCUCCUAGAUCUGCACAACUUCCCCGACCUCUCCAAAGCUGAUAUCAAUGGACAGAAUCCCAACAUACAGGUGACCAUUGAAGUGGUGGACGGACUGGAGAGUCAUGAGCCAGAAAAAGGCCUACGUAAAGAGAGCAAACCCAACUGGGCUUCUCCAAACUGGAGAAACUGGUGGCCUCACACUUCUUCAUCCUCCUCCUCCUCCUCCACCACUCAAACAGAAGAGCACGAUCGCACCUACGGGAGCAACAGCGAGGACAGCAACUUCCUCCGGCCGCCGGCAGACUGGGACAGGAGGGGAGGCACCGGGGGAGGCAGCAAAGCUCAGACUGAAUAUGACUAUAUGGACGGAGAGGGGGACUGGAGUAACUGGACAGCGUGCAGCGUCACCUGUGGAAACGGCAACCAGAAGAGAACCAGGUCAUGUGGUUACGCCUGUACAGCCACCGAGUCCAGAACUUGUGAUAUGCCCAACUGCCCAGGUAUUGAGGAUGCCUUCAAGACAGCAGCUACUGAAGUGAGCCUGUUAGCUGGAACAGAUGAGUUCAAUGCCACUGAGCUCUUUGGUGUUGAUACAGACAGCUGCGAGCGGUGGAUGAACUGCAAGAGCGACUUCUUAAAGAAGUACAUGACCAAAGUGGCGAACGACCUUCCCAGCUGCCCUUGCUCUUACCCAACAGAGGUGGCGUACAGUACGGCAGAUGUACACGACGCUCCCACGCGCCGGGAUUUCCGUUGGAAAGACGCCAGCGGGCCAAAAGAGAAACUGG